CAGGCCAAUUCCUCUAUGAAUGGAGUUCCACGAAAGGGGGAUUUGUGACUCCGCCACGCCGCCAAACGAUCAGGAGGAGACGACGGAUUUGAGAAGGGGACCUUGGACGAGGGACGAGGACCUCCUACUGCUGAACUACGUCAGUGCCCACGGCGAGGGACGGUGGAACUCCCUCGCUCGUUCCGCAGGUCGAUCAUCGAUCGGGCUCCGCCGUACCGGAAAGAGUUGCCGCCUCCGGUGGCUGAACUACCUCCGCCCCGACGUGCGGCGGGGCAACAUCACCCUAGAGGAGCAGCUCCUCAUCCUGGAGCUCCACUCUCGGCUGGGCAACCGGUGGUCCAAGAUCGCUCGCCACUUGCCCGGGAGGACCGACAACGAGAUCAAGAAUUAUUGGAGGACCCGAGUGCAGAAGCACGCGAGGCAGAUGCGGUGCGACGUCGACAGCAAGCAGUUCGAGGACAUGGUGCGCGCUGUGUGGAUGCCGCGCCUCGCAGAGAGGAUCCACGAGCAGAAGAAGCCCCCUCGCAGCCUAGAGAGUUCCUGCUCUUACUCGGAGUCCGUCGAGACGCAGCUCUCGCCCCCACUGCAGCUGCCGCCGCCGGCGACGGCUCCCGAGAGCUUUGUGAGCGACGUCGGUGGUGGCUGGAUGGAGUUGGAGCAGGGGGAGAGCAUGUGGAGCGUGGAGGACAUAAUUUGGUUACAACAGCAGCUCUAAAUUAGAAAAUUAACUAAUUAGUAAACAGCAGAAACUGUUAAUUAAGCAAGUGAUUAUGAUGGAGGCCGGAUUAGAUCUGAUAUUAAUUCUUUGUCCAGAUUAAGCUUCAAGAUGCACAAUAAAGCAAUGAUAUUGUGAAUACCGAUCAAUUAAUA